AUGCCGCCACAACUGAGUGAAACAACCCGGUCACUCCAGGCACUUGUCCAGAUCGUUUCGCGAGCAUUCUAUGAACCCCGUCUCGUUGUUGUCAUGGACCAACUCUCGCGGUUGCCUGUGAUCAAAGAGGAAGAGCUCGCAGGUCGAGUCGGAGUCACUCUCAAGGAGCUCAACAAGGUCACUGCUACUCUGCUCAACGAUAGGCUGAUUAAAGUGUGGGAGACCCAUCGUAUGCUCAAGUCUGAAAGAGCGCAGCGAGCAGUUCCCAGGUCGUACUACUGGAUCGACUAUCAGGACUUUUGCAAUGUUGUUAAAUGGCGCAUCUCUGCGAUGCGCCGAGCUAUCGACGAAAAGUUGAAAAACGAACUCAACAACAAAGGCUACAUAUGCACCCAAUGCCAGAAAACAUAUACACCCCUUGACGCCGACCGACUGUUUGACCCCAUGCGAAGUGCGUUCGUAUGUGAUCUGUGCCAGGGCGAGUUGACGGACAACGAAAAUGCUGAAAACGUUCGUGGAGGAAAAGACCGGAUGCAACGGUUCAACACCCAGACAUCGCACAUCGUCGAUGGGCUGCGAAAAGUGGAAUCAGUAUCAUUACCGCCACUCGAUGUUGCCGAGUGGGUACGGAAAAAUGCCCAGGCCGCUGCUCCGGAUGGUACACCCGUAGACGACGGCCUCCAAAUCGCCGGUGCAAACGGAACUGGCAAAGCCCAGGCCACACGAGUGAGCGUUAUCAUCGAGGACGACAAGACGGACGAGGCCCUCCGUCGGGAGCGUGAAAAGAAAGCCGACGCCAAACGACAACAAAACGCACUCCCAGAAUGGCACUUGCAAAGCACCGUAUCUGGGCAUUUGACUACACUUGGGUUGAAGAACGAAGCCCAAAAUGCACAGUACGCGCGGGCUAAUCCUGAACCGGGCCAACUUGACCGAAAACCGUUUGCACAAGGCGAGAGUAGUUUUCCCUUUCUUUUUUUCCGUCGUACCGAUUUGGGUUGUUUUUGCGGGCUGAGCUUUCGCUCUCAGUUGACUGGAGGCGUACUACUCUCACUUAACAAGGACGAAACUCCAGAGGGGGACGCAGUCCCUUCACCCAACGGUGUGAUGGCUUCACAGACGUUAUUAGGCAAGCGAGAGCGAGAGCCCGAGGAGGAUCUCUUCCCGUCGCCCAAAAUGCAAAAGAUGGAAGACUUGAGUGAUGAUUCAAAUAAUCCUAUUGUCUAUGUCGCUGGGGAGGCCAAGCGGUUCCGGGAUAUAACAGAGGCGGAGCAGGAAUUGAUGACCCCGGAGGAAUACGAAGCUUAUGCCGAACUGACGGUCACACUCACUUAG